AAGGCGCGGUUACGCUUGAAACCGGGUAUAUUCCUCAGCGACUUCAUUAGGAGGACACUGUCGAAGUUAGUAUCAAAGAGAUUCUCGGCUGUCGAAGCCUGUGCAGUUGCCAAAAAGGACAAGAAGAGGCCUGGGCCAUGGAGGAGCCGCUCGAGACUAGCCACGACGAAAAGUCUACCUCUCGUGAUAACUCAGCACAUGACACCGACAGAAAGAAAGAGGCUAUCCUCAAGGCAUGCAGCUCAAGGGACCUGGAUGCCUUGAGAGCACUCGCCGAGUCUCCUGGCGGCUUCUUGACAGACAGUAUUCGCCAACAGGCAUGGCCCAUCCUCCUGGGGCUACCACCGAACCAGGACAAGGAGGAAUCUCACCCUGACGGGACCGCCUCGGCAUCGUGGGAAUCCCUUCCCCGCCAUAAGGACGAAGACCAAGUUCAGCUGGACGUCAACCGCGCCUUUAUCUACUACCCCGAGCACCAGACCGAAGCCCAACUCACGCACCACAAGAACCUCCUGUCCACCCUCAUCGUCUCCCUCCUCCGGACCCACCCCUAUCUAUGCUACUUCCAAGGGUACCACGACAUCGCCCAGGUCCUCCUCCUCACCCUGCCCGCGCACCUCCACCUGCCCAGCCUCACCCGGCUCUCCCUCUUCCGCAUCCGCGACUUCAUGCUGCCCUCGCUGGGCCCCGCCGUCGCCCAGCUCCGGCUCAUCCCCGACAUCCUCCGGCACGCCGACCCGCCCCUCUGGCGGCACCUCUCGGCCACGGAGCCCUUCUUCGCCCUGUCGGGCACGCUGACCAUGUACGCGCACGACAUCACGACGCAGGGCGAGAUCGCGCGCCUCUUCGACGUCCUGCUCGCCCGCGACCCGGCCUUCACCGUCUACCUCUUCGCCGCCCUCGUGCGCUCCCGCCGCGACGAGCUCUUCGACACCCCGCCCGACGAGCCCGAGAUGCUGCACAGCAUCCUCUCCAAGCUGCCCGAGCCCCUCGACCUCGACCGCCUCAUCGCCCAGGCCGUCGCCCUCGAGCGCGACGUGCCCCCGGAGCGCCUGCCUUCCUGGAGGCGCGGCAUCUCCAGGUGGAGCGUCCUCAAGACGGGGAGGCUGGCGAGGGGGAGGGGCAAAGGAGGGCCCGAGGAGAUCCCGGGGGUGGAGCAGGGGCGGGUGUGGUUCGAGAAGCAGGUCAGGGAACUGAGGUGGCAGGAGAAGAAGAAGGCGGCGGGCAAGUGGGUUUGGAGGAAUCGCCGGCCGGCCGGGAUGCUGGGCCUUGCCAUCUUGGUGGGCGUGCUGGCGGUGCUGUUGCGGAGAGAGUCUGGUCCCGUGGCCGCCGGGUUACAGCUGGUGUCGCGCUUGUUGGCGAGGUGGCGGUAGACAUAAUAUCCGUGAUGUGAUCUCUUUUUUUUCUUCUUCUUCUUCCCCUGUUGUUCUCUCAAGAUAUCAUAUAAACGUUGCCCAGGCUGAUAAGAGAAGAAGAAAAAAAAGCCCGGGGCAAAGGAAAAAAGGAUAGAGAUCGGUCGAUGUGUGUGUGUGUGUGUGUGUGUGUG